AGCGGGGGGUGGAUCGGCGCAGUGAUUGGCUGUGGCAUCCCUUAAAGCGCGGCGCGGGGCGGGGCGCGGGGGGGGUCAGUGCGGGACGUGGCGGUGGAGUGGAGGUGGGAGGGAGCGGCGCCAUGACCCGCGGGAACCAGCGCGAACUGGCGCGGCAGAAGAACCUGAAGAAGCAGAGCGACUCGGGCAAGGGCAAGCGGCGGGACGACGGGCUCUCGGCUGCCGCCCGCAAGCAGAGGGACUCGGAGAUCAUGCAGCAGAAGCAGAAGAAGGCCGAUGAGAAGAAGGAGGGCAACAAGUAACGGGCGGCCGCGCCGGGCUGCCGUCCCAGGGCCGGUCCCGCCGGCAGGAUGCCCCGCGCCGCCCCAGGCCGGGUCCCGCCGGGACCCCCGGCAUCGCCCCGCGCCCUGCGCCGCCGUCCCCUAUUAAAGUAGCUGUGGAGCCCUGCA